AUGCCUAAUCCUGCGAACCGCGAAACAGAACAGUGUCCUCCUCCACCCCCUCCACCCGAAAAUCCAGGGUCAAGAGUCUCCCCUUACGUCUUGAAACUUCGGACUGCCCCUCCAAACUAUUACUACCGAGCACCAAAAACUCCCGACUUUGUUGAUCCAUUCGAAGCGCCUACUGGUCCCUAUUUCUUCUACGGCACAUUGACCGACCCCUCCAUGAUUCGCGAGAUCCUUGAGCUAGAAGAUGAACCCGAACUUCGACCGGCACGCAUCUCAGGCUAUACAUGCAAGCUCUGGGGCCAAUAUCCCGCCUUGUUAGAUGCCUCAGACUCGACGGUUGAGGGUGCAGUUUAUCACGUGCAGACAGUGAAAGAUGGAGAGAGGUUGGCGACAUAUGAAACAAGCAACUACAGGCUGAUCCUUGUCGCAUUCGCUAUACCGAUAGUAAGGAGCCGGCCGAAGACGUGGGAUAUACAUUCAAAUUUAGAGGCGAUCAGAAAGAGUUGA